CCUCCACCUACUUCAAUUGUUCCCAUAACUCUGGUAACAGAGUCAGAAACUUUCCAGCUAAACACCGAUAAGACUUCAUACAACUCACAAUAUUCUAUACUGUGAUCAUCAUAAACAGCCAAGGCUGCCUAAAAGAAGACAGUGAUCUCACAUUUGGCUGGUAGCUUUUUCAGCUUUCUCUUGACGGCUUAAAACUUCAGGCUUCCUGCCUUCCUAGUAUCAUGGAUAAAGUCCAAUACCUCACUCGUUCUGCUAUUAGAAGAGCUUCAACCAUUGAAAUGCCUCAACAAGCACGUCAAAACCUUCAGAACCUAUUUAUCAAUUUCUGUCUCAUCUUAAUAUGCCUCUUGCUGAUUUGCAUCAUCGUGAUGCUUCUCUGAAGUUCUGCCACAAUCUCCAGUGCUACAAUUUAUCACCAUCAGCUUAAAAUCUGCCAUCCCAUGAAGAAGGGGAAACAAUACUAUAUAAGAGACCACUUCCUCAGCAGAAGAAGUUCUUUAUGAAAAGGUCAAGAUUUGGAACGAAACAAAUUGUUAGCAAAUGUAUUCAUCUGCUGGAUCUUGUAAACAUGAAAAGGGCUUUAUUUUCAGAAACUAACUUUAAAAUGACUAUAAGUGUGCAUAAUGCAACUGUUGAUUUUCUCAACAGAGCUUAUAAGUUUCUAUCCCAAAUCUUUUCUGAGGAUGAACUAGGGGUUUAGUUUGGAAACUGCACUGCUAACUAGUUCACGUCAUAUAUAAAGCAUUAGCUUCACUCUUUGGGGUAAAUAUAAUUUAUACUGUACUGUAAAGCCUCUUUGAUGUUUAUUAAGUAUUUUUCAGGUCUUCACCAAGUGUACCAAAAUAAUCAUUCAAAUGAACUAUCAUUUGAAAUAGCCCACUGACUCCUCACAUCUGCUAUCUUUAUUAUCAUCACACAGAAAUCUCUAGUGGUAUCAGAACCUACAUUCUAAAAGAGAACUUGUAGUCUUUUCUCUAUACUACACUAAUAUUUUAAAAAAUUAUGAGAAUCAAGUAGGAAAAAGACCAUAUCCUUACAUAAACAAAAUUUCUCUUAACCAUUUUUCUCAAAGGAUUAUAGAAUUCCAGUACAUAUAGGUAAAACUAUAAAUCUGUUCUCUAUACACAAGAACUGCUGGUUAAUUUAACAUGUGACAUUGUGAUUAGCCAUAAUUACUAAUACACUAAUAGAAUAGAAUCUACCUUAAUUUAAGGCACAAUAGAUAAUUAUCUGAGUUAGAACACAUAACUUGCCACACUUUAUCUCUGGAAUCAUGAAAUCUUAAGAAGACAUUAGAGCGAUUUUAUAGGUUACCUUCUAUUCUAAUUUCACCCACAAUGUAGACAAGGGAAAGAAUAAAAAAUAUUAUUUCAAGCAUUAAAAAUAAAAUUUGAAAUAUCUCUCCAGAAUUAACAAAUUCUUUGAUUAAAUUUUGAAAUGAACUUUUGUCAUUACUGUUCAUGAUAGGAUAUAGCUAUUUUCCUUAAUCUAACAACCAAAUGGUAAACACCUAUUUGGUAGGCCACUGUACUAUGCUAAAUUACAGAUACAGCUACGCUAAUCUACAAUUAUUUUUUUGCUAAAUACAUUUCCAAUUUUCCCUCUGAUCAUUUAAAAAUAACUUCCAACAAUUCAUAAAACAAAAGAAGUUAAAAAACUGGUUUGGGAAAUACAUUCACCAAAAUUUAGUGAAUUAAAUUGAGUCAGUUUAAAACUGAGUCUAAAAUGGUUUACAUCUAUACUGUAUAAUUCAAUAAUUUUAAGUUCAAGAUAUAUAAGCAAUAUAAUAAUUAUUGGGGGAGUAGAGAAUGUGCAAUUUAUUAUACAGUUUGCUAAAGUAUGGUUACUAAAAGAAUUGGAAAAGUCAAUAUUGACCUUGGUUUUCAACAUAAGUGCUGCUAACAAAGGAAAUAAUGCUUUUAAGUUUUUUCUGAAUCCCUGGAUGGAUGAGGAUAAUUUUGGAUUGCUGAUAUUUAAGGAACAGAGGGAAAAGGGGUUUCACACUGAUAGAGGGAUUUCUUGAGCGAAGCCUCAUCUAUGGGUUGAAAAUCCUAUUAGCAACUAGAAAAGUUUAUAAGCAAUAAAUGAGACAACUGCUUUACUGGUGGCAGUAAUUCCCCAUGUAAAAAGUAACCAAUUCUAUAAUUAGUGUAAUGACCUUAAAAUAAAUGGAAAAUUUGAAAUAGUAA